CGCGAGGAGGAAGUGUUGAUCGGAGCGCAGAAAACCGCCAGAAGUAUCUGUCCAACUUCUGAGGUAACGACUUCCACUUUAUGCUUUUAUUCAGCUUUGGAACUUUAAUGUGAAUGUUUUCCAUGAGUCUGUAAAAUCCUGGAAGAGAACUGUUUGUUGGCCUGUCUUUUUUUGCGUGCGCCACCGAAUCUGCUGAAGAAUGGAGUGGUACGUCCUGGUGUUGAUGCUGAGCCUGCCGCCCUGCGUCCACACGGACUGCUCUUCACAGUGCCAGAGAUGCGCCGAACAAAUGCUGCGCCCCGAGGCCGCUCUCAGCAGUCUGUCGUGCAGCGCGGAGUGUGACGAGGAGGACCUUGAGAGCUGCGCUCCGGCUCCGCGGCUGGCCGACUUCACUGAGGACCAGGCGGCGGAGGCGGAGGAGAGCCAGCAGGCAGAGCUGGUCAAGCGCUACGGCGGGUUCAUCAAGAGGAUCGACAAGAACAAGAACAAAGUGUUCGUCUCCUCCCCGUGGCGCGACAACUCCGUCCUAAAGGCCGCGGCUCUGCCCGAGCACUACGAGGAGCUUCUAAAGCGGCUGGAGGUGAGAGACGCGCCCGCCGCGCAGGAGCCCAUCCCGCACACUUACGUGAAGCGCUACGGAGGCUUUUUACGCAAAUUCGGCCCCAAGUCAAAAAGGAGGAGUUUUGCGGAGGAGGAAAGCCAGGAGCCCGAGGAGCUCCAGAAGCGCUACGGGGGCUUCAUGCGGAGGGUCCGGCCGAAACUCAAUAACCUGAAAUGGGACAAACGUUACGGAGGCUACCUGCGGCGCCACUUCAAGUUCUCCGUCCGCUCUGCGGAGGAGCCCUACUCCUCCUCCUCUGCGGAGCUCAGCCUAUAGAAGAACUCACACCGGUGACUUGUCAGAAAUCGUCUCCUGCUCAUUCCCGGCUGACUCCACUCAUCUGUCACCGUGUGUUCGUCAAUAAACCAUGUCUGUUUGUAAGGGUCCUGUUUAGGCCGGUUACAUCCCUGUUUGUCCCAGUUCGAACCACCUAUAGCCCACAGUUUGAGCAGCUCUCCUUCUAGACUUGCUAGAAGUUUGGUCAAGAUGAGAACAGGAUCAGAGGAAAUAGAUAGCAGAAAAGCCAGAGUUUAGAUCGGCUCCAUCUGAAACCGGUGAGCAUCCAAACGGACCAUUUAUUUAUUUAUUUAUUCUGAAAUUAAACUCUUCAAAUACAAUAACUGGGAAAAUUUUGCGGUGGUGCCAAAUUAUUAAAAAAUUUUUAAAAAUUAAGGAAUUCUCCUAGUCCACGCAAUUUACCUAAAUGGGGGUUUUCUCCUGUAAUUAAAAGAAAAAAAA